CGAGGUUGUUUCUGUCUGAGGGCGGGAGAAGUCGCGCUCGGGCCGAGGGACGUGUGUCUGCACUCGCUCGGUUAUGGAGGCGCCGCCGCCAAAGUUGCAAGCCACGGCAACCCCGGGCCGGAGCCGAAGGCUCCUGCUGCCGCUGCUGCUGCUCCUACUGCCGACCGGAGUUGUGUGGGGCUGGGAGGCAGAGGAGAGGCCCCGGACCCGCGAAGAAGAGUGCCACUUCUACGCGGGCGGACAAGUGUACCCGGGGGAGUCGUCCCGGGUAUCGGUCACCGACCACUCCCUGCACCUCAGCAAAGCCAAGAUUUCCAAGCCAGCACCUUAUUGGGAAGGAACAGCUGUGAUAAAUGGAGAAUUUAAGGAGCUCAAGUUGACUGAUUAUCGUGGAAAAUACCUGGUCUUUUUCUUCUACCCACUUGAUUUCACAUUUGUGUGUCCAACUGAAAUUAUCGCUUUUGGUGAUAGAAUUGAAGAAUUCAGAUCUAUAAAUACCGAAGUGGUAGCCUGCUCUGUUGAUUCGCAGUUUACCCAUUUGGCCUGGAUUAAUACUCCUCGAAGACAAGGAGGACUUGGGCCAAUAAGGAUUCCACUUCUUUCAGAUUUGAACCAUCAGAUCUCAAAGGACUAUGGUGUCUAUCUGGAGGACUCAGGCCAUACUCUUAGAGGUCUUUUCAUUAUUGAUGACAAGGGAAUCCUAAGACAAAUUACUCUGAAUGACCUUCCUGUGGGUAGAUCAGUAGAUGAAACACUCCGUUUGGUUCAAGCAUUCCAGUACACCGACAAACAUGGAGAAGUCUGCCCUGCUGGUUGGAAACCUGGUAGUGAAACAAUAAUCCCAGAUCCAGCAGGAAAACUGAAGUAUUUUGACAAACUAAAUUGAAAAAUACUUCCUCAGGGUACAAUGCUUGAACGUUACCAAUAAAGUUCAAUGUUUUAUUACCA